AUGGUGGAAGCUCCACCGCUCUCCAAGGCUGAAUAUCUGAAGCGUUACUUGUCUGGGGCAGAUGCCGGCCAGGAAGGAGGUUCAGAGUCCCUUCGGAAGAGGUACAAAAAAGGACCAAAGCCGGGAGGCACCACUGGCAAGGAAUUGCGGAUUGUUGAUGAUGAUGUGGGCUGGGCAGCUAUCUCUACUGCUAAGCCGGAAAAGGAGGAGGAAGAAGAUGGAGAUUUGCCUGUGGUGGCUGAGUUUGUGGAUGAGCGUCCAGAAGAGGUAAAGCAGAUGGAGGCCUUCUGCUCCAGUGCCAAAUGGAAGCUCCUGGAAGACCACAGUGGAAAUGGACAUUUCCAUCAUGAUGAACGAGAUCCAUCUUCUCCUAGGAGGUCCCGUCAUGACACCCCAAAUCCAUCUCCUCCCAGGAGGGUCCGUCAUGACUCCCCAGAUUUGGAGCUGCCCAGAACUAAGAGUAGUAAAGCUGCGUCCUCUAGCAAGACUGUACUUCAGAGGGGGCUGGGUCCCUCUCACUUGUCACUCUCCAAGGUCAGCAAGUGUGGGCAGGACUCAGAUGACCUUUCUCAGUGGAAAUGGCAGCUUGAUCCUCAAGGUGUCUGCCAAAAAGCCUCUGAUUCAGACCUUUGUCCUCCAUGUCAAAAACAAAAUCCAGGACACCAGGAUUCUGACUCAGAUCUGUCACUGCCACAGAAGAGACAGAGGCGCUGGAGCUCUGACUCUGACCUCUCUCCACCCCAGAGGAGACAGAGGACCAAAUCUUCUGAUUCGGAUCUCUCUCCUCCUCGAAGGAGUCCCCGUCCUGGGAGGAAGACUGCACGCAUGUAUUCUGGAGCAAAAACUGGGCUGGUGCCCGAUGUCCAGCGGGAGCAGCAGGAACUCCAGAAACAGGACUGAGACACCACAGCCCUUGCAGCUCAGUUUGAAUUCGCUGAAACUGUAUUUCGAGACAAGUCUGGUCUGAAGAGGAAUUUGAAGCUGGAAUGCCUGGAGCAGAGGAGAAAAGCAGAGAAGGACUCAGAACGAGAUGAGCUCUAUGCCCAGUGGGGCAAAGGGCUUGCUCAGAGCCGGCAACAGCAGCAGAAUGUAGAAGAUGCCAUGAAGGAGAUGCAGAAGCCUCUGGCCCGCUAUAUUGAUGAUGAAGAUCUGGAUCAGAUGCUGAGAGAACAAGAAAGAGAGGGGGACCCAAUGGCCAACUUCAUUAAGAAGAAUAAGGCUGAGGAGAACAAGCACAAGAAAGCCAGGCCUCACUAUAAUGGUCCUGCCCCUCCUCCCAAUAGAUUCAGUAUCUGGCCUGGCUACCGCUGGGAUGGAGUGGACAGAUCCAAUGGCUUCGAACAGAAGCGCUUUGCCAGGCUCGCCAGCAAGAAGGCUGUGGAAGAGCUUGCCUACAAGUGGAGUGUGGAGGACAUGUAG